UAUCGUGCAGCCAUGGUGAAACUACGCGUACUCGUUGUUCUAGCGUUAUUCGUGAUUUUCAACGUGAAUUUAGUGGAACCUAUGGUGCACGAGAGUUUGUCCAAACUUUUUGGCUCCCUAUCUGGCGUCAUACAUGUAAGGAUUCCUGAAUUGCUGAAUCAAUUGUGCAACGAAUCGCAAAGAUCGAACACCGUUCUACGUGAUGCAUGCUAUGGGUGUUUCUACAGAACUACCAAUCAACCAGUUGGCUAUCGAUUGUUAUUAUCAAUGUCCAAUUGUGCAAAUAUUUAUCUGAACAGCACCGACUACGCUCAUUGUCAAGAGUAUCUAAACAAUGCAACUAGCACGGCAAACGCGAGAGCAAAUCCUACCACGAUAUACUGUACAUUUUUGGAAUGCGUUCGCCAGGUGAACAAGGACAAUUUGGAAGCAUUACGAGUUAAACCGAGAGCCAAGGAAGAUUCGAGGAAGACUAACAGAAAAGUAUCAUUUCUAUAUUUCAAAUUGUACAAGCAAAUAGCUCGAAGUAUUUGCGUGAUACGAGAACGGGAUUCAGAAUCGAACACCGUCAGACCAGGAGCGGAACCGGUCGAUCCAAGGGAAGCGAUAAACAAACCAUAAACAACUACAUAAUAUUAUAACGUGUACAUAGAAUGUAUAAAAAUGUACAUAAUGUUUGUGCUUCGAGAUAACUGAAAUAUAAUAUUUUGUAAGUACCUACAUUGUACGUAUCCGGCAUAAUGAAAGUGUACAGUACGUCAAUAAUUAAAUUUCCUUAUAAAAUAAAAUGAAUCAUUGGCUAAGAAAAAUUUGUCUCGCAGCUCAGGGAAUGCGUCGGCGAGGCCCUAAGAAUGUUUCCCAAUUUUAAUACGACGGACGUGAAAUUGGCCCAAUUAUACGUGAACACGACCGCGUGUGUGCUCGCGAAAACGCGUUGCGCCCACACGAAUCCAAUCACCGGUGAAUAUCAAAAAGACGACCUCGCCAAUAAGCUGCACAUACCCGCAAUCAAUGCGAUGCUGGUCAACACGGACUACGAUAUCAACAUCCUUCAACUACCGUUUCAUUACGGUUCCAUCGACGUUUGCGCCAAGUACAGAAACUACGAACAAGCCAGCUGGCCGAGCGCGAUGUGUUGAUUGAACAUUCCCAACCCUGGACGAAACUUGCAGGACCACCGUGAAAUUUCUAUCAUCGAACGGUCUGGUUCGUGACGUGUUUCGUCUAACAAUACUAGUAUCUCAUCAACGACUCAACUUUCGAUAUUAAAUUUAAAUUUAGAACGGUAUCAUGAAACAUAUACUAGAUACAAUACGUCAAUUCUCUAUGUUGAAUAAUAUAAUACAUCAAAUAGCUAACUUUGUCAUAGACGAUUACUGAAAUAAAGUCACAAAGUAUAGGGUU